UGAUUUUAAAGAUGAUUAGCUGUGAAAUAAUCACAUUUAUAAAUUAAAUAAUAUGUUAUCAGUAAAAUUGUGAGUAGGUCUAAGUGUGUACAAGUUAAGAAGUACAGUACGCACAAUUACGGAGAAACUGAUCUUUCAACAGAAAAAUGGUGAACGCAAUAAACCACAGACCCAUCUGUGAUGUUGUUGAGGUGCCUUCCACAGUAACAAUACAGUUCAAAUAAACAUAGAGACAGAAAAAUACUGUGUUUAUUGUGUAAUGCUUCUGAGAUACUCGAUUCUCGUGAUGACUUGACACAGUCUGCCACCAGAGUGCAACAUCCCCAUGUAGGAGCCACCAAAACUAUCAGGGGCCUGAGGCAUCCUGCAGAUAGCUUUUAUAAAGCUCUGUAUACAGUCGUGCAGUACAUGCAUCAGUAAGACAGCUAAUGGUACAUUUGGAGAGUGAUAUACUGUAACUCUAACUAAAAUCUGCAAUAAGACAAAACAUUGUGAUUGAACGAUGCAUUUAGAUAUUUUGAGAUUGGGAUGCCAUCAUGAAAAAGCCCUCAUCUUGACUUAAUAAGCUACUAACUACACCAUCAUUCCUCAUAAAGUCCUAAUUUUAUUGAGGCAUUCAUCUCGUUCUGGGUCUGUUGGCUAAAAAUUGAGAAUACAUGCAGGAAGUGGACACUCUAGGACUCCAGGGAAGAGUGUCCAACGACCGAGUAAGGCAUGGUCAGUAGUGCACACCCCCUUACAACUCUUGCCCCUUGUAUCUGUGUGAGCAGAGAGAGGAGGUGGGAGAUAGGGGAUGGGUGCAAAAGAGAUAGAGCGUGAGAAAGAGAGAGCGAGAGGCAGGAAGUUCACUUCUCUGUGGCCUUUUCACCCAAGCGGCACAAUGACUUGUGGUUGGGGGCCACAUCAUUUAGACAUGUACACACAGAGACACUCACACAGACACGGGAAAGACAGAGAAGAUCGUGAGGAUUGUAGGGACACAAACCUAUCUGUAAAUCUAAGACACACAGCUUAGAACUAUGAACCUCCACGCUUUGUUCAACCACUGAAGCUAAACAUGCUGGACAGCUACUACUGAAGCAUCUCAGCUCAUAGAAUGACACCAAACGCCACCCUUCCAUUCGUCCUCGUCACCUCAGCCACCCGAGAUGACAAAGCCAAGGUGGUGGACAUCGAGGCCAUCAUGAACAACUUAAUCAUUGUCCUUUACACGCUGACCAUUGUAUUGGGCACCACGGGCAACUCUGUAGUCAUCUGGGUAGCAGGCUUCAAGCUCAAGCCCACCGUCACCAAUGUGUGGCUGGUCAACCUGGCCGUGGCCGACCUCAUCUUCUGCCUGAGCCGUGUGCUCUCGCUGACCAAGAAGCUCUUCUUCGACUACUGGCCGUUCGGCAUCUUCUUAUGCAAGUUCAACGGCUUCUUCAAGUAUGCCAACAUGUUCUGCAGUGUGUUCCUGCUCGCUGUCAUCAGCAUGGACCGGACGCUCUGCGUCUGGCACCCCGUCUUUACCAAACGGCGUAGGACGAUCUGCGCCGCCCGCCUGGUGAGUGCCGGCGUGUGGGCGGUGGCGGCCAUUUUGAGCGCCCCCUACUUCACCUACCGCCAGGUUUAUCUCGGCAAGAACAACCUGAGCAAGUGCUCGCUAGAUGUCAAGGAGUCAACGAAAGGCGAUAACAGCGCUAAGCUAGCGCUCUACCUAAUGCGCUUCCUAUGCGGUUUCCUGCUUCCUUUCCUCAUCAUCCUCUGCUGCUACAUCCUAGCAGGGCUAGGCAUCCGACGUACCCGCCUGUUGGGCAAGUCACGUCCCCUCCGUAUCCUGGCAUCGCUGGUCUGUGCUUUCUUCCUAUGCUGGGCGCCCUACCACUGUCUCCUAUUGGUCAAGAUGGUGAAGAGCAACAGUAUGGUGGUGAAGGUGGGGCUGACAGGGGCCACAGGCUUUGCCUACUUCAACAGUUGUGUGAACCCGCUGCUGUACUUCUGUAUGGGGUUGGACAUGAGAGGGUCAAGGUUCAGGCAGAGCUUAGCGGGGGUGUACCAGAGAGCACUAGCCGAUGACAGAGAUGGUCGAAACACGCAGUCCAACGAGCGCACAGUGGAUGAUAGUUCUGGCUCUGCAUCACGACUUGCAAUGGUGAAUGUGGCCAAUGUCAGUUUCGAGUGAAUGUGGCCAAAGUCUGUGGGAAGUCACAUUUGGUAUGAGGAGGAGUUCCUGUCCUUAUUAGAUCACAGGCUAAUUAACAGUGAAUAGCUGAAUAGCUUGUGUAGACAAACAUUUUUCAUAUUUUUUAUCAGUUAGGAUACAUAUAGACAUAGGGUAACUGUGAAUUUAUGUAAAUUCCUCAAGAAAUAAUUAUCACACUUUUGAAGUGUUAUGUGAUGAAAAUCACAGAAAGAAAGUGGAACUGUGCCUGGAAAAUAGAAAAUAACUUAUCAGGAGGAAGUGAUACAACUUCUGGGGAAAGUCAUAGAUGACUUCAAUCAUGCUGUUUUACUAAGUGUCAUGUUUGGAAAAGUGGAAAAACGAGGAUAUUUAUUCCCAUUUUCCAUCCCAUGAGAAAAGAUUGUAAUUGGAAAUGGCAAAAUUGCGGAGAAAAAGGAGGGUAAAACGUCCUGGCAAAUAUUCUUAUACUUACCGGUGUAAACUACAACAUUAUCCCAAUUUGAUAUGUUGCUUAAGGGACAGCUCACAAUUUACUGGGGGGUGGUCCAAAAUAGGGGAGGGUUGUCAAACUUUGUCUUUGUUGCUUUGUGGUGGGUUGUGUGUUUUUUUUAUUGAGCACAGGCCAGUAUAGUCUACCAGUCUAACAGUCUAUCCAGCAUUCAUAGUGACAAUAGUGGUAGAUGGAUCAUUUGUCCAGAUCUGCAAUAGGCUAACUAACAAUCACACAUAAAACCAUUCAAAACUGCACCUCAUUCACUCUCAUUGAUGAUUAAAAGGGGGGGAAAUAAAGGUGAGAGAAAAUAGGAAGAAAGGUGAAAGGGAGUCAGAAGAAGAGGAUGUGAUCUGGAUAACUUGACUUGAGGAAGUGUGGUGGUCGCUUGUUUCACCACAUUGCUCCUCCUAGACAGACGGUUUCUAUCAUGUCUCAGUCACAUGACUGGUCUCUCCUUCAGACUAACUGUAUCAGAGGUGAACACAGAGGCUUAGCUGAAGCUCUGUGGUUGCCAGUUCAGAUAAGACACCACACUCACAGCAGAAGAGAAAUGAAAACCACAAUUCAACUCACUUCCUGACUCUCUCGCUCCCUCCCUCCUUCCCUGUCUCUCUUUCUCUCUCUCUCUCUCUCUUCUCCUCCGCUCUCUGAUUAUAUUUUUCAGAAAUAAAAAGUAUGAAAGAGACAAUUGACAUCUUGACAAUUGACAAGCUGACAUCUAUUUAUCUUUUGAUAAAUAUUCUCAAUGAGCAUCAAAACUGUUUUCCUGUAUUGUCUGACACUGUGUAGCUAGCGUUGUCAUUCAUAAAAGGCCUAAACGUCCAGGAUGCAGAGAAACAGAAAUCCCCCUCAGGACAAUGGAGGAAAGGAACAUAAAUGGAUGGGAACAAACAGAACAGACCAGCCAGCCGCACCCUCCUUCCUCUCAUCUUUUUGAUGCUCUGCCCUUUAUCGAUGUAAAAUAAUUUUUUUAAAUCAAUGAGAGUAAAACAAAUUGCCAUUGUUGAGAAAGUACCAUGCCAACUGAUAUCACAUUCUUCAACCAACAUGUUGACCUAUAGGAAGAGGGAACUCCUACUGUAUUACUGAUUCAUUUGAUUUGUCAUGAGUCAGCAACAGACAUCCUCUAUAGUUGCUUUUUCACUGAUCAUCAUUCACAAGGGGGAACAAACAGAGGUUUUCUUCUCUUGCCUUGUUGUCUUCCGUUGCUAGCAAGUUGGCUAAACACUGCAAGCUAGCUAGCCUUUUGAAAUAAUCAGAUUUUUUAUGAAAUAAUGUUAAAUGGCAAAUACUUAUACUUUCUGAUGCAACGUACAACAUUAUACCAAUUUAAUAUUCUACUUCAACGUAUUGGCUCCCCUAUCAGCUAAAAAUAGAAUGUCAUAAUUGUUAUGUCAUAACAGGCUUUUUACAUUUUUGUUUUUACGUUUCAAAAUGAGGGGAUUCUAAUAAGGCUACAAUCUUGUCCAGUGCCAACCCGUCAAUUAUUCUUGACUUAAUAAAGCCACAUACAAACAUGGUCUCUUUUUUGUUUUCUUGAGUAAGGCAGCUCCAAAAUCCAAAAUGCAAAAUGCAGUUUCAGCCAAAUUCAGUGCUAUCUGUGGUGUAGACCCAGCCAGCGGAAAAUACAGAGCGUAGUGGUUGGUCAUUUUCUCUAGUUGCACCGUGAUUGGCUCAGUGUUCUGUCACUCAUGGGGACACGUUGCCAGAAAAUCUACAGGGUGAGUUAAAAAGUUCAAGCGUCCUUGGGUGCUGCCAUAGAUUUACAUUAGAAGUGCCCAUUCAAGAAGGCUCAAGGUCAUUGGCCACAGAUAAAGUGACGCAGUGGCGACUCGUCAUUCAGGGCAGGUGGGGCUCAUUUGAGCCUCACAUUUUUAAAAUUUACAUUUUAUUAUGGGGUUUUUUAGGCGGGGCUUGCCUGUUUUGCAUGUUAUUUUGGCAUUAACACGUGUCACAUAUCAGUUUGCAAAUAAUGUAAAAAAUAUUAGUUAAU